CUAGACUCUGAUGAGCAACCAGACUUUGAGACGUGUGCACAGAGGCUCAUGAAAAUAGCUCAAGGCUGUGUGACAGCAUGUGUUAGCCCAGUUCAAAGUAUGAAAGGAAUACGAAAGGAUUCACGUCAGGGCUCAUCAACAGGUGCAGGAUGUACAUCCACCCAAACAGCUUCUGCGAGAGUGGAAGACAGAGCCUCCAGUCAGAGCGGACAAACCUGGGAGUACCUGAGUCACAGUGAGACGUCAGCAGCUUUCAUCCCAGACGUCAGGGAGACAAAAAGAACCAAGACAUUAAGAGACCAGCAGCUCUUUGAGGCUGCAUGCAGCGACUUAUCUGCAGCAGAGUGAAGCCAUGGAGGAGUCAUCAACCUAAUGAGCUGCCACCUGUUAAGGCCUCCACAGAGGUCUCGCUCAAGGUUUUGGUCUGCUGCCUUCAAUACGAGCCGAGUGGAAGCACCAUCUCCUGUUGUCUUUGGAGUGACCUUGAAGAUGCUGCAGGGACCUGAGGGGACACGAGGAAACAUAAAACGAUACAUCAUCUGCCACAUAGGAAGAACUUCCCUCCAUCCUCCCAGCAGAAUGCCGAGCCAACUGGAAGGUGCAAUGGAUGCACUGAUAACAGUUUUCUACAACUACUCUGGAAACGAUGGAGACAAGUACAAGCUCAACAAGGGCGAGUUGAAGGAACUCCUGAACAGCGAGCUCACCGACUUCCUCACGUCUCAGAAGGAUCCGAUGCUGGUGGAGAAGAUCAUGAACGACCUGGACUCUAACAAAGACAACGAGGUGGACUUCAAUGAGUUUGUUGUGUUGGUGGCCGCUCUGACCGUUGCCUGCAAUGACUUCUUCCAAGAGCAGAAGAAGAAAAACAAGUAGACGUCCGUCGACUGUAAACCAACUGUAAAUCUUCAAACCUUGUAAAACUUUAUAGGAGCUGUUAAACGCUGACUGUGAUCUUCGUAUUAGACUAGAAAAUCCAAACUGUGCUUUUCUCAGAUUGUCUUUUUAUCGUGUUUGAAUGCAUUCCAGUAAAGACUCCGCUCUCCUAGUUGUGAUGAUGACAGCACAAUGUGGUCAUUACCGACAAUGAAUUCAGUUCAUUAACCUUCACAAAGACUUUAAAUCCUUUGUUGUGGUUCUGUUUGUUUCUGUCCCGGCUGAGAUCGUCCCUGCUCCACUAUAAAUGUCAAAAGUUGAAGCAUUUCGUGUUUGUCUUUGGAGGCAUUGUCGCAGCCUGAUGGUGCGUUUAGUCGGAAACAAUGUUUGUCCCUUGUCAAGUCUUGCUGUCGGUCCGUGUUGUCCCCAAAGGAAGAACACUUUCCCCCUCAUGCUGGCGAGUCAUGGAAAAAUGCAAUGAAUAAGCCAACUGUUCAUGUUAUGUCACAGCGAUGAGGGUGUUACUGUACACUGCCUUUAAUGUGUUUUAAAUGUGCAUGAGAAAAUCUAAUCAUGUUAGAAUUGUGGAAUAAAAUCAUGACCAGCAAUGUUUUUAUGAAUAUUUGAGCCGAUGUGACCCAAUAAAUCACAAUUAUUGGGUGAAAAUCAUGUUAAUAAACAACUUUGUCAUCUGGAAA